AUGAACAUUGUAGGUGUUUGUAGUAUAGAUCCGAAGAUACAAGGCAGCAACUGUAAGUGCUCAGGCCGCAAUUUUUUCUUAGUUCCUCCUCCACAUUCCAAUUAUAUCCUAACUGCUCUCCCAAGGUUCUCUCAAGCCUCAAGAGCUCUCGUUCGUUAUUACCGUGCUUCUGAAAAUCGAGCAGUCGAUCUUAUUAAUGAACACUAUGGCUCGAAACCAGAAGAACUGCAGGACAUCCUGCAGUUGGAUCUCCCGGAGCAAGGCACCGGCCAAACCGGCCUGGUCAGUGUCCUUCGCAAGGUGCUCCGCUACUCCGUCAAUACCUGGCACCAAGGCUUCCUAGACAAGCUGUAUGCGUCGACCAAUGCGCCUGGAGUUGCAUCAGAGCUCAUACUCGCAGCGCUGAACACAAACGUCCACGUCUACCAGGUCUCGCCUGCGUUAUCCGUUAUCGAGAAGCAUACUGGUAAGCGGCUGGCUGCGCUGUUUGGGCUCAAUGGACCGCGAGCCGGCGGAAUCUCUGUACAGGGCGGGUCUGCUUCGAAUACAACAUCCAUUGUCAUUGCGCGCAACAAUCUAUACCCCAAUACGAAGACAGACGGUAACGGUGACUACAAGUUUGUCCUCUUCACUAGCGCGCACGGGCACUAUAGCAUUGAAAAAGCGGCUCAGAUGCUAGGGCUGGGAAGCAGCGCGGCCUGGUCAGUUCCAAUCGAUAAGGAAGGACGCAUGAUUCCAUCUGAGCUGGAGAAGCUGGUCCAGAAGGCAUUGAGCGAGAAUCGGACUCCUUUUUAUGUCAAUGCAACAGCCGGAACUACGGUCUUGGGAUCCUUUGAUCCCUUCGAUGACAUUGCAGCAAUCUGUAAAAAAUACAACCUGUGGCUGCAUAUCGACGGUUCCUGGGGCGGCUCAUUCGCCUUCUCCCGGCGUCAAAGACACAAGCUUGCCGGUGCGGAGAAGGCAAACAGUAUUGCCAUCAAUCCUCACAAGAUGCUUGGAGUUCCAGUGACUUGUUCCUUCCUACUAGCCUCGGACCUGCGCCAGUUCCACCGCGCCAACACUCUUCCUGCUGGCUAUCUUUUCCACAACAACGAUGAUGAAGACGCAGUUCCAGUUGAAAAUGGCAUUGGAGGAUUCUCAGAAUUAAACUCCGAUUCCCCUGAAAUCUGGGACCUCGCUGAUCUAACCCUCCAAUGUGGCCGGCGCGCCGACUCUCUUAAACUUUUCCUCAGCUGGACAUAUUACGGCACAGCUGGCUACGAGCGCCAAAUCGAUAACGCCUGCGACACUGCCGCGUACCUCGCAACCAUAAUCCAGGACCACCCGGACUUCAUCCUCGUCAGCCAGAACCCCACUCCCUGCUUGCAGGUCUGCUUUUACUACGGCCCUAACGGGAAGCUCUUGCACCCUCGCGGAGACAGCAUCGUCUCGGAUGAGAACCAACGCGCGAAGGCUAAUAGCAAGGUCACUGAGCAGAUCACGCAUGCAAUUGUAGGGCGCGGGUUUAUGGUAGAUUAUGCGCCGCCUAGCGGGGAUGAGAAGGCGGUUGGUGAUGGCAAGUUCUUCCGGUGUGUCAUUAAUGUCCAGACAACGAGGGAGACGGUUGAGGGGCUUGUGAGAGCGAUUGAGGAAGUUGGGCCAGGCGUCGUGAAAGGACUACUGUCAGAGGGGGCGUCGGCGGUUAAGAAAAGGCCUGGAGAGCAGGGUCAUGGACCUGUUGUCCAUCGUGUAUGA